UUCAAAAAUACAAAAUAUUAACAUAAUCCAAUCUAGGUGGCUAGGUACCUUCUAAUUAGGUGAUAAACUAAACUUAGAUACAACUCUUAACACUUAAUACGAUAUGAUGUCAGUAAUAUAUAAGUGUUCUAAGUUCAUUACCUAUUAAUAUACGGUCAAAAAGACUGCAUGAUCGUAAAAAAUCAAUUGUGGGUUAUUUUCAAAUUGUUUCUAAUAAUUGCUGCUUGCUUGAUAAGCGAAAUUGAUACUUAUAUUUUCAUUGUGACUAGUGAUAUUGCUAGUUGACUAUGAUUUUCGCCAUACUGUUUAGUUAAAAAACGGUGUGCGUGUAUUUUCAUGAAUAUUUUAAAUACGUGUGAUCUAGGGUUAAUAUGUUAUGUCCCUGGCUAAAUGCCUAAAUGUAUUGUAUAUUUAGUCAUGGUUAUGUCCAUUUGCGCAAAUAGGGAGGGACUUAGUCCCCCCCAAAUUUCGGUUAAGUCCCCCCCCCCCAUUUCAAAAUCUAGUAAUUUGUACUAAUUUUAUAUUCUCUGAUACUAAGCAAUAUGGUCUAUGGGGAGGGGGGCUUGAGUCUCCACAAAAAAGUUGGUCAAUUUGCGCCUAUGGGUAAGUCCCUUGUCUAUCAUAAACAUAUUUACAUGAUAUGUAUAUAAAUUAUACUGUCUAGUAUCUAGUCCGUGUCCAUAUACAUAGAAUCCCGCCAAAACAUUUAAAAAAAAAACUAUUUGAAAUAUUAUAAACUAGAAGGGGCAGUGGAUUCUAGCGCUCAAAUCGAUUCCAUCUCACGCUUUAUAUUUGGUUGCACUGCAAAGUAUAAACAAAAACCGGCGUCUCGUAUUAUCUGUCUCCCACAACAAACUAGUAACUACAACUGGCUUUUGUAGUUCUAUAUACUAAUCUAUCACAUAUUUACAUCAUUGAUCAUCAUAGUAACAUUAUGUACUGAUAUAGGUAUUUAGCGGGGUAUUUAGUAUUUUGCUUUAUUCGCCUUAGUUCUCAACGCGUACAACAUUCAUUAAACAUGAAUAGCGGCAUGCUAUAUGGUGGAGACGAAAUUGGGGCUUUGGUGUUCGACUUGGGGUCGCAAUCAUUUCGAAUCGGUUAUGCCCAAGAAGACACACCAAAAGCAGAAAUACCAGCAGUGGUCGGUGUCUCGAGUGAUGGUACAGCAGACACUAGUAUGUUAGAACCUGGUGCUAAACAAAGCAAUCGCAUCAACGAAAACACCAAACAUUUCAUCGACGUUAACUCAUUGUGUGUCCCUCGGAAAGGUAUGGAAGUUGUAAGCUAUAUGAAAGACGGCAUGAUCGACGAUUGGGAUUUAUUUGAGAAAAUAUUGGAUUACUCUUACUCAAAAUGCUUACAAACAGAAUCACAAUAUCAUCCGGUAUUAUUUACCGAGUCACCAUUGAAUAUUAGAUCUAAAAGAGAGAAAUUGGUAGAAUUAAUGUUUGAAAAGUAUAAUGUGCCAGCCACUUUUCUUGGAAAAAAUGCUGUAUUAGCUGCAUUCUCUUGUGGUCGUUCUACUGGUAUUGUGGUAGACAGCGGAGCAACACAUACUUCUGCCAUCCCUGUACAUGAUGGUUAUGUUAUACCUAGUGCUAUUGUCAAAUCACCUUUAGGUGGAGACUUCAUUAGUAUGCAAUGUAGACAGUUCCUAAAAGAUAAUGAAAUUGAAGUAGUUCCACAUUAUAUGGUUGCACAGAAAGAACAGGUUAAAGAAAAAGACAAGCCAGUAUGGACAAAGAAACAUACACUCCCGGAAGUAACAACUUCGUGGCAUAAUUAUAUGUGCAAAGCAGUUAUUCAAGACUUAAAGCAUUCUAUAUUGCAAGUAUCUGAAGGUCCAUAUGAUGAGAGAAUAAUUUCAGCUCUUCCGACUUCUCAUUUUGAGUUUCCUAAUGGCUACAAUCAAGAAUUUGGCAAUGAAAGAUUCAAAAUACCAGAAGCUUUAUUUGAUCCGAGUGCUAGUAUGGGUGGUUCUAUGUUGGGCGUGAGUCAUAUUGUUACCACAAGUGUUGGAAUGUGUGAUGUGGAUGUAAGGCCAGCCUUAUACAAUAACGUUAUUGUCACUGGAGGAAAUUCGUUUUUACAAGGUUUCCCCGAAAGAUUAAACCGGGAUCUUUCAGCUCGUAUACCAGCUAGCAUGAGAUUAAAAUUGAUAGCACCCAAUGGAUCCACUGAAAGGAGAUUUGGUGCUUGGAUUGGUGGUUCAAUAUUAGCAUCUAUUGGAACUUUUCAACAAAUGUGGAUUAGUCAUCAAGAAUUCAAAGAAGGAGGUAAAAGUCAAAUUGAUCGCAAGUGCCCAUAAUCGAUUAUUAUUUAUUAUUUUAUAUAAUACAAAUUUCAUAUACAACCAAUUUUCUACAUUUACUUGUAAUUUUGUAGUAUGUAUUUUAUACUUUCUUUCAUAUAUAAUAUUGGAUGUCUUAUUUGACGAUUACACUCUUUUUUUGAAGUUAAUUGUGUUAAAAAAAUAGAAUCUAAAUUUAAUGUUUGGAUCCAAAGACCUUAUCUGAUGUGUUAACAAAAAAAAAAAAUGGAUAAGCUGUAAUAUUUUUUUUUCAUAAUGUGUGUUACAUGUGUAUAUAUGUAUAAUAUAUAUUAAAUAUAUAAUGUUUAAAAUCAAAAUUGUUACGGAGAUACAUCAUAGGUGUCCAAUCUUCAAGAUGACAAAUAUAUUUUAAUUUAAUUUUGG